UGAUGUCUGACCUCCUUAUCCCAGACUAAGACAGGCUAUCAUAAGGAGUCUAGUAAAUCCUUAGAGUGUUGCUUUAGCAACAAGAGAUACCAUAGGGAUUAUUUUUUCAAAAUUUUUGCUCUGGCUUCUUCCUAAACAAUAAUAACUUUCAUAAGUUUCGUUAUAAAUCGUCUUUCAAUCUUGAAGAAAUUAUCCGACUAUUGAUAAUAUGACAUGCAUGGAGAAAUAGAUCACACUACGAUGGAAUUCUCUUGAGAAUCUUCAGAGAUAAAUUGGCUUUGUUUAGUGUAUUGAUUGUUGAACAGCUUAAUAUUCUUUCUGAGGCUAUCUUCUUAUUUUAUGUAUUUUUAGUUUAUUAUUAAAACUCAUCCUUUUCUUCUGUUUGGAUUAGGUUUCGAUAACAAGGGAUAGGAAUCGCUUAAAUAAGGUCAAACUUAUAUCGAGAAGUCAAUACUUUGGCUUUUUAGAAAAUUUCAGGUUCAUCAUUUUUGAAUUUGGGUUACUCCUUUUGCACACUUCGUGUAUCACCAAAACUAAAAUUAGUGUUGAUAAGGCAGAUGUUUAUGAUGAUUUCUGUAUGUCAAGUCCGAGACCUGACUUGGGGUUCUCUGAUCGUAUUAGAGUCAACUGAUCUUAUAAAACAAGUUUUGGUCCGGUGGAUCACUGUUUCAUUUUCAACUAAUUUGAAAGCCUAACCAUUGAGAUCUCCGAUAGUCUCGAGAAUAAUCUUAACAGUGCGAAAUUUACUAGGGGGUGUACUAAGACCCCAGCAAGCCUACAAUAUGAGGCAUAUCUGAGCCUGUAGAUCUUCUGGAUGUUUUCUACAUCUGACAGGCAGUAUAGCGAGCCUAUUAGGCACCCUGAGUGAUUGUUAUGUACUUGACACUCUCUUUUGCCUAAAUUAAAUAAAUA